AAGAUUUUCAUUUUUCAAAAAUGACGCUCUUUUAUUAUUUUUACAAAAUACAAUUGACAAUCGGAUUUUGCUACUUGUGUGUAAAUGCUAUAAAGAGCAACAACAGUUGUCAAUGUGGAAACAAGAAUCGUCAAGCGAUUUUCUUUCCUCAAGCAGGAUAUUGUGCCGUGGAUAGUUCAAAAUUGGACGCGAUUAGCGUGAAAGAGGAGGGAAUGAAAAAAAUGAUCAAGAUAGAAUCCGGGACAUAUUUCAUAGGAACGAAUAAUCCAGUUUUUACGGCUGAUGGAGAGGGACCGAAACGCGAAGUGGUAUUAGAUAGGUUUUAUAUAGACAAAUUUGAAGUAAGUAACGAGGAAUUUGCGAGUUUUGUAAGAACCACUGGAUAUGUAACGGAGGCAGAGAGAUUUGGAGAUUCCUUUGUCUUUGAAGGUCUUUUAACACAAGAUAUGAAGGACAGGAUCAAUCAUGCAGUUGCGCAGGCUCCUUGGUGGGUUCCUGUGAAAGGAGCUUCUUGGCAACAUCCAGAAGGCAACGAUUCAAAUAUUACUUGCAGAAUGGAUCAUCCUGUUAUUCAUGUUUCCUGGCAUGAUGCAAAUGCUUAUUGCAAUUGGAUGGGAAAGAGAUUACCAACUGAAGCAGAGUGGGAAGUUGCAUGCUGUGGUGGACUUUCUGAUAGACUCUAUCCUUGGGGAAAUAAAUUGAUACCAAAUAAUCAGCAUAGGACCAAUAUUUGGCAAGGCAAUUUUCCUAUAGAAAAUACUGAAGAAGAUGGGUACAAAGGCACAUCGCCAGUUACGAUGUUUUCACAAAAUAAAUAUGAUUUACAUAAUAUUGUUGGAAAUGUUUGGGAGUGGACAGCCGAUUGGUGGGCGAUAAGACAUUCCAGUGAUCGACAAACAAAUCCUAUUGGUCCACCUAGUGGUAAUAAUAAAGUAAAAAAAGGUGGUUCUUAUCUUUGUCACAAAAGUUAUUGCCACAGAUAUAGGUGUGCCGCACGUAGUCAAAAUACACCUGAUACAUCAGCUGGAAAUUUAGGUUUUAGAUGUGCAAUAUCGGUAUAAAACAUAUUCAAAAUGAGAGGCUAUAUAUAUAAAGAUUGAAAAUGCUUUAUAAAUAUAAUGUAAAUAAGAUCAUAUUUUUUAUAUGCAAUUAUAAUGUAUCAUCUUUUUUAGAGUUUUAUUUCUUUAACAAAAAAUUAUACAACAAAA